CGGCAGGUAGCACGUGGUAGCAGCUCGCCACCGUCCCGCCUUGCCUCUCCCUCAUAUCACCUGAGCGCAUGCAUGCAGAGCGAACCUACAUACGUCACCAGGCCGAGCUGUCAUGGCGAGCUGCUCGUUGCUAACGCUGUGUGCCGCGUUGGCGCUCCUGCUAUGCGCCAACGAUGGCACCUUCGCUCGGGCGCAUGUCCCAGGUACACCCGGCGGCCAUGGAAGCAACGCAGAAACUCGAUUGGUUCAAGACCUUCUCACUACACACAUGCCAUUGGCACGCCCCAUCAUCAACGCGAGCGAAUCAGUUUUGGUUGAAAUUGGAAUGCAACUCAAGAAGAUUAUGAAAAUAGAUGAGAGUCAAAGCACUAUUCAUGUAAGGGCUUGGCUGAUUAUGGUGUGGAAGAACGCUCAAAUGACGUGGAAUCCCGAUGAUUAUGAGGGCAUCACGCAAGUCACGCUUCCAUCGCCUACUGUCUGGAAGCCAGACAUUCGAUACAUUUUCAGCAUCGUCCCCGGCUUUUACUCGUUUCCCGACAUGCCGCUGACGGUGACCAGCGACGGCAGGACGCGCUGGUCGCCGCCGACCGACCUGGUCGUGCUCUGCGACAUGCAUCUCGACUUCUUUCCCUUCGAUCGACAGACGUGUCACUUCACAUUCGGCUCGCUGACGCACGACGCGACGCGGCUCGACGUCGCGCUCAAGGACAACGUGUCGGUCAUCGAUCUGUCGUGGUACCACGCGAGCGUCGGCUGGCGCGUCGAGGAUACGCUGGCGACGCGACACGCCGAGGUGUUCGCCUGCUGUCCGGAUCCGUUCGUCGACGUGACGUUCACGCUGACGGUGCGACGUGACAGCGCCAUGUCGUACACAAGCCUCGUUCUACCGCUCGGCGCCGUGCAGGCCGUCACGCUGCUCGUCUUCUGGGUGCCGCCGGGCAGCCGCGAGAAGCUGACGGCAGCGAUGACGAACCUUGUCGCGCUGACGGUGCUCAGCCUGCAGAUGUCGCAGCAAGUGCCGCCGCUCACCGGCAAACACGUGCCCGUGAUCGUAAAGUAUUUCGCCUUCACCUACCUGAUGGUUGCAAUCAGUGUCGGAGCGGCUGUGAUAGUAUUGAACCUGCAUUAUCGCAGACCCCGCUAUUGUGUGCGGCCCGUGCCGGCGUGGGUUAACAAGGUUUUCAUCGAUGGCCUCGGACGCCUGUGUCGGCUCAGAUCGAACGCGUACGGCAGGGACGGCCGCGUGCCGCUGACUAACGAGAUGAUGGACGACGAUGACCGCCACCUUACCGAUCUGCAGCGUCCGGUCACUGAUGCCAACAAUGAUCAACGACAGAACAAUGAGCGUCUGCAUGAGAUGCUGCUGCGGCAGCAGAGGGAGCAGGCGGCGCGCGACACGUUAGACGAGUGGGCCAAGGUGGCCAUCGUUGUCGAUCGUCUGCUGUUCACGAUCUAUCUAGUCUGUUUCAUCUUUAGCUGGGUCGCCAUGAGCCGUGACACGGCCGUGUAGCUAACACUCACACACACACGCGCGUGCGCGCACGCACGCACGCACACAGACACACACACGCGCGCACG